AUGUCUCUCUUCAGAACCAUGCCUACCGCUGGAGACUUCUCCCCUCUCUUCCGUCUUCUGGACGACUAUGACACCCACCGCCAGAGCCGUGGUCAGGUGUCCAGCGUGCGCUCCUUCGCUCCUCGCUUCGACGUCCGCGAGACCGACGAUGCCUACCACUUCGACGGUGAACUCCCUGGCAUCUCUCAGAAGGACAUCGACAUUCAAUUCUCCGACCCUCAGACUCUUGUGAUCAAGGGCCGCUCCGAGCGCGAAUACCACUCCCCUGAAGCCGGCGAAACCAAGGAGACAGAGGGUGAGAGCAAGGAAGUGGUAAAGAAGGAGAACAACAAGCCUCGCUUCUGGGUCAGCGAGCGCUCCGUGGGCGAAUUCCACCGCACCUUUACUUUCCCAUCUCGCGUCGACCAGGAGAACGUCAAGGCCAGCCUUAAGAACGGCAUCCUCUCCUUGGUCGUGCCCAAGGCUGCUGCUUACACUGGCAAGAAGAUCACCAUCGAGUAA